AUGUAUUCACAGGCAGAUCCAGAAGUUCAUCCACAACGCGAAGAUUACUGGGGUCAUGUAAAUCCAAUUGGACCAAGAGCCUGCUAUGAUGAGGGGAAAAGAGUGGCUGAAACAAUGUGUUACGCCUAUAUGAAGCAGGAAGGAGUAGAAGUUCGGGUUGCUCGAAUAUUCAAUACAUUUGGUCCACGCAUGCAUAUGAAUGACGGCAGGGUCGUGAGUAACUUUAUUCUACAGGCUCUCCAAGGAGAAGGUCUGACAGUUUAUGGUUCAGGCUCUCAGACUAGAUCUUUCCAAUAUGUGAGCGACCUUGUGAAUGGAUUAGUGGUUUUGAUGAACAGCAAUGUCAGCAGUCCCGUUAAUGUGGGAAACCCAGAAGAACACACCAUUCUGGAAUUUGCCAAAUUAAUUCGGAGCCUUGUUGCAGGGAGCAGAAGUGAAAUUUUGUCACUUCCAGAAGCACAAGAUGAUCCCCAACGAAGAAAUCCAGAUAUCAGAAAAGCUAAAUUAUUGCUGGGAUGGGAGCCUGUGGUUCCCCUGGAAGAAGGCCUAAACAAAACAAUUGACUACUUCCGUAAAGAACUAGAAUAUCAGGCAAAUAAUCAAUAUAUCCCAAAACCGAAACCUGCUAAAACAAAGAAAGCCAGAGUGAGACAUGCCUAAUGGACUGGAGGAGAUUAAGCCAUCAACACCCCAGGGAAUAGAAUGAAAAAUUAGUUAUUAAAGAACCUUUGAAAAAUAAUUAAAAUUGAACUCUAAUUUGUAGUUUGAGCUUGCUUCUACAGAUGGAUGUGCCUACAAAAAAAAGAAGAAAAUUCAGAUCUUGCCUUGCACUUUUUAAUCUAUUUUAUUUAAAGUGGCAUUGCAUUCUUGGGUAGCUUUAUAUGUACUUAGUUUAUUUUGUUUGUCUUUGAACUUUUUUUUCAUUGAUGUGAAGGAUUUUGCAUUUUAAAAAAACCUGUUUGAAAUAGGCUUACCUAAAACAAGAGGUACUGGUUUAUUUUUACCAUGAUCAUGUGCAAUGAUUUUCAAUCAAUCUAACAGUGUGGUUAGGUGCAAUCAGUGGUUGAUCUUGACAUCUAAGUGGUUCCUCAUUCACAAACUUUUGCUUGUUCAUUUUUAAGAGUUGUAAAAAUGUUCUAAAAUUAGGGAAUAUAUUUCUUUUUGUAAGAUCUAUUUGUUAUAUAAGAGUUUAAAAAGAAAGUAGUUGUCUCAAUCACUGCUACAUGGUAUAUGUGCUUGGAGGGAGAAGUGUGUGAAUAUACGUACGUAUGUAUUUUAAGUGUUGAUUUAAAAUAUGUUGGUGGGAUAUCAUAUUUAAGCUAUUUUUUACAUGUAGAAUUACAAAAAAUUGUUAUUUGUAUGUCUUGUUUUGUGAGAUGUUUAUAUCGUCUUAAAGUUGUUAAAAUUGGAAAUGUCAAUUUACUUUUGCCUAAAUAGUUCCCAAUUUAAAUGAAAAUUUAAAAACUCAUUGGUGAUUGUUGUCAUUCUUCUCUUUUUUUUUCAACCAGUAAAUAAAACUGGGAAGAGAUGGCCUGGUCUCAGAUUUACAACCAAACAGAUGAUGAAGGCAACUUUUCAUGGGAUCCUCCACUUUCUUAAUUGGUUUAAUGUUCAUAGUAGCUUGGAGUGCAGGGACUGAUCUACCUGGGUGUCUUUCAUCUUCCUGAAACCAAAUCUGUUUAUUCUAGUUCUAACUGUCAGAAAAAUGGUCGAACAGAGCUUCAAUCCUUAGAGAAACUGGAUUUAUUAAAACAUGCAUAAAGUCACCUAAUUCAAAUUCCCAUCAUGAGAUCUGGUCAUUGUCAGAAUGCCUUUCAGGUCCAAAGUGAUUAAGCUCACUGUAUUAAACUCCCAUCUUGUUUAUAUUUCACUUGUAACCUCUGUCUCCCAUUUAUACAACUAACGGUCCCUCCAAACUUAAUAUUAUAUCGAAACUUAGUUGUUUAUCUCUCACUUCCUUUCCUUUUUGACCAGCUUCCAAAGAGAAAGAAAGAUACUUUGUGCAGGUCCUUUGAAACACUAGUUUCAUCCAGACCAUUGUAGAAUGUUCUCUUUAUUUCUGCCAUCUUUUAUCCCUAUUGGCCAAUGAUGCACAGAAUCCUUGCAAUCUUGUAUAUUUGUGGUUUAAGUUCUUUUUAGGUAUUUGGAAAUCAUAUCUAUAAACACAUGCUGUAGUCAGCUAAAAUGAAAAAUUCCUCCAGGUUAGGUAGUAUGACUCGCUCUUUGUUAAUCUAUGCUAACUUUCUAAUCAGAUGGUAAUUUAUAAAAUGGCACUAUCCAUUGGAUACAUUUGAUAUCCCCCACAAUUUGUAUGAAAUACAGGUCAAACUGUUGUUUUCCAAGAACUUCAGCCUAAAUUUUUUCAAAUCUCAAAGUAUAUUCCCCAAAGUUGGACAACUUUACAAAGUAAUAACUAAGACAGCUGUAGUUUUCAUGGUUCAGAUUAUUGUGACAUGGAAGCUGUAUAUCCUUGUGUUAAAAGUUUGUAGCCUAUCUAUUGGACAUACCAGAAUGCUAUUUUAAUCAUUCAGAAACUCUUUUGGCCAAAAUAUCUUGAAAGGAUUGAGUCUAAAUAUUUUCUUUUUACACUGUGUUUCAAUCAUUCUCCUUCGUAUGCUCAGUUAGAAAUUGUUUCAAUGUAUGAGGAAGACUAUAUUGCUCAUUGUUUUGUUUAUCUAACACUUGUCAAAGCAAGGUUUAUUCAUGUUUUGGGACGUUCAGUAGAAGCGCAGAAGCUGAAAUUUAUCACUGCAGAUUUCUGGGUAAGAUAAGUACAGUAAAACUGAAACACUAAUGCACUCAGGAUUUUAGUAGUGUUGGCAGCAGCAGCUUCUUCUGGAUUAUUGGUCGUUACUUUUAUUUUCACUUUACAUGUUUCAUCAUAGAAUAAUCAAUUUUCUGUCAAACUUGGUGAAUUUUAGACAAUAAAAGAUGUACAGUAAACACUAGACCCCAGCUCUGGCUGUACAGUCUUUCUGCUGUUUGUACUUUGGACUAUUAAGUGAAUAUUAAGCCAAACCAUCAGGAUUUCUGAACAAUUAGAUGGUGGAUUAUCAGAGCUUUACUACAUUGUGGGAAAAAAUGUCUUUCUUAAUCACUUCAAAGCAGUGAAUACUUUGAGAGCGACUAUUGGCAUGAAAGAUUUAUGGCAAUAUAUAAACAUUAAUAUUUACACUACACAUGAAAUUGCUGUCUUGAAUUAGAUGCGGGGUAAUGUUACAAUUGAAUGUUUGACAUUUAUACUUGGGUAUGAUCUGUUGAUGUCUAAGUUGAAGGGGUCUGUGUUGGUAAGAUGAAUGAUUUGAGUGUAGGUUGACUGAGACUUGUUUUCAAUCCAUAGUGCCCCAAAUAAUGUGCCUUAACUGUAUUUUGAAAGUAUUAAUGUGAUUUUUUAAAAAUUAUUUCACAUUUGUGCUGCCUCUUUGAGUGAUAUUGGCAGGUUAGUGGCAGAUGGUGAUCAUACAUACACACACACAAUUGCUAAAAGUAAAUUUUAUGGGACUUGUACAACCAAAGGCACGUUUUUGUAAUUUUUGCCUAGACUUGAACACAAGUCCACAAUCAAAAGAUUGCUGUGUAGGUUUGUUGAUAUAAGCGUUUAAUAUACUAUAUUAAACUCCUAUUGUUUGAGUCACUAUUUGAUGUGACAAUUUUAAGUACUUAAUCCAAUUAAUGUCUUGUCUAAUAUAAUCUAUUGUGAACAAGUCCCUACCAUGCCUCUUACAAGGUAAAUAAUGGAAAGUUAUUGCUUGAAUUUUCUGUACCUGAUUUUUUGGAGUAGUUAAUAUUCCAAUUCUGUUUGGUUGUAAAUAAAUAAAGGUUUUGAAAUUUGUGGAAACUGACUUUGAGUUUUCUGUGAACAUUAUAAUAGGAAAAUCGUGAAGCAACCAGAGUUGACUGUAUCACAGACCAGUUUAGCUACAGGAAGGCAUCUUGACUGUGUAUGUGUGUGUACAUGGACGACUGCAUUGGUGCAGCUUCCUGCACCCGUGCUGAACUCAUGGAUUUCAUCCACUUUGCCUCCAACUUCCACCCUGCCCUCAAAUUCACCUGGUCCAUUUCCAACACUUUCUCGAUUUUGCUGUCUCUAUCUCUGGAGACAGCUUAUCCACCAAUGUCAAUUAUAAACCAACGGACUCUCACAGCUACCUGGACUAUACCUGUCCCACCCUGCUACUUGUAAAAAUGCCAU